AUGCUGUGCACAACCUGCCGCCAGAUCUUCUCCGGUUUUUUCAGCCAGAGGACGUCAGCCCACCACAUCUACCUUCAGAAGCUUGAACAAGCAGCUCUUGACAAUUGCUACAUAUGUCAGGUGUUGUGGCGUACGGCUUCUGACCAGCCACCCCGGUUGUCCGGAAAGUUUGAAAAUCCAAAGUCUAAGCCAAUUUCAAAGUACUGCUUUAGCCGCAAGUCUGCCGAUGGGAGUGAGAUCUUGGAGCUGGAGUUUGUGGUUGACAGAAAUGGAGUUGAGGAUGGAGGGAGCUGUGUGGUUUUCUGUUUGCAGAGCAUGAAUGACGCCGACAGUAUUGAUGUCAAUGUGUCUUCGAGUGCCCAUACUUGGGAAUCCAGCGUGCAGAACGCGUCGAAAUGGCUGUCUGAGUGCUUGGAUGGUCACGACAGAUGCCGUAUGUCGCCAUUGUCGGGCUAUACUCCCACACGGCUCAUCCAGAUCGGAUCGCCGUCUGCCGACAAGAUUCGUCUACUGCUCCACCCCAGUGAGCAAGGAAUUGUGUUGCGAUAUGCAACUCUCAGUCAUUGCUGGGGGGCUUCGCAGGCCUCUGAGUUCUCUUCGUUGACUUCGGCUUCAAGGGACGUCUUAGAAGAGGGCGUCAGUAUCUCGGAUCUAGAUCCAGUGUUUCAAGAUGCUAUAUACACAGCUCGAUCUCUGGGCCUCCACUUCCUCUGGAUGGAUUCCCUAUGCAUAUUCCAAGACUCCAUUGCAGACUGGCACAAAGAGGCGCCUCUCAUGAGUCACGUAUACGGAGGUGCAGUCUUGAAUAUAGCAGCGAGCGUAGCAGAAAAAAACGAAGCCAGCUGUUUUCCGGAAAGGGACCUAUCGUUAAUUCAGCCGUGCGUUAUAGAGCCUUCUUGGGAUAAUUUUGAAAAUGAUGUCUACAAUAUCUACUACACCGGAUUCUGGGACGACACAUUCGAAAGCCUUCCUUUGAUGGAACGGGCGUGGGUUACGCAGGAACUACUACUGGCGCCACGGGUCCUUCAUUUGACUGGAUCGCAGCUGUUCUGGGAAUGCUACGAGUUAAACGCGUGCGAAGCAUAUCCGGGUGGCUUGCCACCAAACCUUCCAGAGAGGUGGAUGAUGAGAGACACUUUGUGGACCAUACUGCACAGUGCGAGGCGUGGACCGGAAUCCAGGGUGAUGACCGCAGUGCCUGAAAUACGAGACGCUAUGAGAGAAAGCUGGGCGAACAUUGUGGAGGUCUACACGGCGUGUCAAUUGACAUAUCAAUCAGACAAACUUAUGGCUCUAUCUGGGUUUUCGAGGGUCAUGGAACGGGCGCUCCACGACAAAUACUGCGCUGGGUUGUGGAGGUCAACCCUUAUUACUGACUUGUUUUGGCUCGGUCCAUGCAAUGGACUAGAACUCUGCCCGAGACCUAGCCCCUACCGCGCACCGUCGUGGUCAUGGGCAAGUCUAGAUGGUCGUGUCUCUUUACCAUCUGCAUACAACGAACACUGUGAAGUUCAAACCGCCACGCAAGAUCCCUUUGGGGCCGUUACAGGUGGACUUCUGAGGCUUUCUGGAUCCCUUACAACUAUCGAACUUCGUUCAAGAACUGAUGGCGGGUGGCUGGUUUUCUUCGAUGGCACUUGGUGGAAAGAUGGAGGGGAUCAGCUUCAUUGUCUUCCGCUUUACCUUGAUACACACCAGUCACCAGAAUGGAACAAAACAAGUGGUCAGUUUAGACGGGUGGGUGUUCUGAAUGCUUUCUCCAAGGCACUGGGCAUGGAUGUAUGGACGAAAUUUGAGGAUCAAAAGAAGGCAAGUUGGUUCGAGUACGAGUCUAUGAGCAAGGAUGGAAGAUACGAGAUAUCUAUUCUAUGA